CUCUCCUCUCUCCUUGCUCCUCUCUCACUGUCUCUCUUUCUCUUUCUAAAUUUUGAAUAUAUGGGUCCUUAUACUAUUAACCUGCCAUUUACAUUCUUAUGCAUAUUUAUUUAUUUGAAAGCUUCAAACUUUAUUAUGAAUUUGUUAUUUUUUCUCCUUAUUAUGCCCAGAUCUCAGAUCCCAAUUUCUCAGAUUAGGAAACCCUAAUUUGUUGUGUUUUCUUUUGGAUGGAAAUUCAGAUCUGGGUGUUGGUCUGUUUACUUGGGUUCUGUUUGGUUGCUGAGAAAGUGUAUGAAAUGCACAGAAUUUUUUAUCCUGGGAUUCGCAUGUUUAUUGAUUCGGAUUGGAGGGAUUUCACUUUUUUAGAACUAAGCCAUUGGAUGAAAAUAUGUGCAUACUCAUUACCAAUUGCAUGUUUGCAGUUAAAUUUUUGUUCUUUUAGAUCUGAAAGUAUGGGGAUUAGGAAAGAUCAAUAAGAUUUGUAACUUUGUAAUUUCCUUCUUGUUCUCAGCUAUCAAAAAAUUGCUUAAUCUUUAAUUUAAUGGGAAGAUCCAAUAUUUGGCAGAUGAUAUUGUUUAUAAUUUUGCCUCAUAGUUCCUCAUUUGUGAUUGGAUUGAGCUAUAUGCUUUCUUUCUCUAUCUGUUUGUGUUUUUGUAUUCUUGCUAUCCUGUUGUUUUCGAUUUCUCUGGCCUCGGAGGGCUAGACGGUGCUCUCAUGGAUGAUGAUGCAUUGAACAUGCGCAAUUGGGGUUACUAUGAGCCAUCGUUUAAAGGUCAUCUUAGCCUGCAGCUCAUGUCAAGCAUGGCAGAGCGCGACAUUAAACCUUUUGCCCCUGGGCGCGAUCCUGCAGUCAUGGUUAGUGCCAAUGGAGCCUAUCACCCUCGGGAUUGUGUUGUAUCAGACGCUCAGCUUCCAAUGAACUAUAUGAGGGAGAGUUGGGUAAACCAGCGAGAUAAAUUUCUCAAUAUGAUGCCUGCCAAUCCCAACUAUGCUGCUGUUCUUCCGGAAACUUCAGGAGCUCAUUCCUUGCAGAUCUUACAGCCACCGGAAGCAUCAAGGGAUGAGCGGGUGGGUAGGAUGGAAGAGCCAGUUGUCCCUAAGGAAGGUGGCACCUCAAAGAAAAGACAGGGUGGGGGUGCACCAAAAGCCCCAAAAGUGAAAAAGCCCAGGAAGCCUAAGGAUAAUGCCAAUCCUUCAGUUCCUCGUGUGAAGCCAGCAAAGAAGAGUUUGGAUGUUGUGAUAAAUGGGAUUAAUAUGGAUAUCUCUGGUAUUCCAAUUCCUGUCUGCUCGUGCACUGGAGCUGCACAACAGUGUUAUAGGUGGGGGUGUGGUGGUUGGCAAUCUGCUUGUUGCACCACAAAUGUAUCUAUGUAUCCUCUGCCAAUGAGUACCAAGCGACGCGGGGCAAGAAUAGCUGGAAGAAAAAUGAGUCAGGGUGCCUUCAAGAAGGUGUUGGAGAAGCUUGCAGCUGAAGGUUAUAAUUUUGCUAACCCAAUUGAUCUAAGGUUUCACUGGGCAAAACAUGGUACUAACAAGUUCGUCACUCUCAGGUAGAGUUACUACGUUGGUAACCAUUAAUGGGACUUACAUUGCAUUUGGUCUAUUUCAUCUGUAUAUAUUUAUGUGGCCUUUUGCAGAGAUCUUUCAGAUACUUUGUAGUCAUUUAAUUUUCAGUCAGGAUGGUGAUACUUGUUCUUAAAACUUGGAAUUGUUCUUUUUGUUAAUUUUUUCCUUUCGGCUUCUGUUAAGGGCUGACUUCUCUGGCCACCAGGAUUAUGUGGAUGAGUUGUUAUUUAUUGAAUUGUUUUUGGUUA